AUGACUUCAGACGCAAGAUUCACAGUUUAUUCACUAGGGGCUGGUGACCACGGCGACACAGUCGAGGAGUUGGAGAAGGUCGGCGCACGGCUGAUCCCGUUGGAGAGGAUCGAGUCGGAAGAUGAGAUCAUCGAGCAGACUAAGGACGCUGAUGCUCUGAUAGUUACCGAAUCGCCUAUCACGCGACGUGUGCUGUCGGCCCUGGAGAACUGCAAGACGGUCCUCAGGACGGGCGUAGGGUUCGACUGCAUAGACGUUCCGGCAGCGACUGACUGCGGCAUUGCGGUAAUCAAUGUUCCCGACCUGUGGACGCGCGAGGUUGCCAACCAGGCGAUGAUGCUUCUCCUGGCGGCGAACCGGAAGUUGCUGGAACAGGAGGCAAGCGUUCGGGAGGACCGGUGGACGCCGAGGAUAUCGGCGCCAGUUGGUCCGCUGCACACCGAGACGGUGGGGGUAGUCGGCCUAGGUCGGAUCGGCAGCGCGUUCGCGCGGCGAAUCAAGGCGUUCGAGGUAGAGCUCAUCGCAUACGACCCGUUCAUCUCGGACGAAGCGUUCGAGGCCGUGGGAGCUACGUCAGUAUCGUUCGACGAGCUGCUGGAGCGGUCGGACUAUAUCUCCGUACACACACCGUUGGACGAGGGCACACACCACCUGAUAGACGAAGAUGCGCUGCGGAAGAUGAAGCCGACGGCCAUCCUCAUAAACACGUCUCGCGGGCCUGUGGUGGACGAGUCCGCGCUGAUCAAGGCGCUUCAGGAGGGCUGGAUACUUGGCGCGGGACUGGACGUGCUGGAGCAGGAGCCGCCGGACACCGACAACCCGCUCCUGGGUAUGAGCAACACAGUGCUCACGCCCCACGCCGCUCACUAUUCGGAACUCUCGAUGGAGCUGCGGCCGAGGCGGUACGGAGUUGAGGUGGCAGCCGUGCUUGACGGUCGCAGGCCGAUGAACCUGGUCAACAGCCCGGUGCUCGAGGUGCUACCGCUGCGGUGAGGUGAGCAAGCCCGCUACUCGAUCUCCAUCUGAUCGCCGUCGAACGUGAUCGACCGGGACCGGUGCAUCAGGACGGCCUUCCUGAAGUGACGCAGCUCGACGCGCAGUUCGUCCAGUCUGCGGGCGGCUUCGGUCUGCAAGCGAUGGGAUCCCGUUUGGCGGGCCAUGCGGCCCCAUAGACCGCGUUGCGGCAUCUGCUUGAGCAACUCUCCGAAUCCGAACUCCUCCAUGAACGGCUCGAACGCCUGGGUCGAAAGCUCAGGCAUGGGCGUGUCGUCGGCUGGGUCGGCGAAAUAGAGGCUGAAUUCGAUUUCGGACCCGUUCAACACCGAGACGUCCAGCAGCAGCGCGGGCUGGGGCUGUCCUUCGAACAUCGCAUCGCCGCCUCCAACUCCCCUGGCGACCUCGCGGACGGCGGCCUGAAUGACCCUGAGCGUGCGCGACACGUAAGACACCGGGAGCGCGCGAGACUCGAUGAUCAGGAGCAGACGGUAUUCGGAGUUUUCGACGCUGCCUGUUGCCAUGCGACGGCUCUUACCUGAGCACGCGGACGUCGCCGACGCGCCGUGUGACCCUCACGUGGUCGAGGUGGUCCAUCAG